AUGAAUAAUAGAGAUACACCAAUUUUUCUGUUUCACUGGCUCAUCGGCCAGUUUCAGAUGAAUGGACAACCCAAACUGAUGCAGAAGCAAGUCAUUUGUCAUUUGUAUGACAUCAAUAAAGAGGACACCAAAGAGAACAGAAGGAAGAAUCUACUUCUUUAUACUUCAGCAGGUCUUGCUCCCAGCAUACAGAUUUUCAACAGUACUUACUCACAAGUCUUCUACUUCCAAAUGAUGCUGGAAGAAGAUGUGGAUUCAUGGUCAAUUGAUAUCCCCCGAGAAGAGCUUACUUAUAAUACAGACAUUGCUCCAAUAGAAGAAUGGUUUGUGAAAUUCAACAUGCAUCAUGGAUUAAACAUGUUCACUACUGGAGGAACAUUAUUGGAUGUUGCACGAGAACCUAUUCUUCAGUGGAUGUACUCACUUGGAGUUCAAGUGAAUAUUACAGAAACAAUACCAAAAGUAAUAAAUGUCACAAUAACAAAGAGUCCUUGUGCAAGUGAUGCAGCAAUAAUUGGUCUGAUUUAUGGAGCUAAAGCUACAGAUUGCGCUGGUCUUGCUCUUGUUGAUAUCAUUUUAAUAAAUACACGUUUAAUAAUGCUUACUACACUAGGAUUAUUUAUUAGUGAAGAUUUACGUUACACAACUGGAGAAUUGCUGAAGGAUGAUUAUUUCAGAGCAAGAAUAUGGUAUAACCGCCAAUGUCUAGCUAACAGAGAACAUUAUGAAGUGGACUUUGUUGGUCUCUCAUUCAACAAAGACAAGACAUUGAGCCAGGAAUCUACAUGUUUCUAUAGUAAUGAUUCAUUUAUAAAAUGGCACAAUUGCUUGCCUCACAGAAGCAAAACUGAAAAGCAGGUUUCUAGACGGGUAGUUUCUUUUAUUGUUGACUAUGAACAGAACACAGGCAUUGCUAUUUUAUCCCAACAGAACAAAGCAUUGGUAUCUGUGCAUUCAUUAAUAGACAAUGAAAUGAACAAAAAGAGAAAAUUUCCAGCCUUCUGGUUUCGCGAUCGUUCCUUUAUUCCAUUUGGGAUGUUCUUCCAUCCAAAUAGUCAUUUUCUGUAUGUGUAUGGAAAUCAGGUGUGGCUCUCUGUUGAUGGAGGCAAUUUUUUUUCACCAAUGAUUAAACUAGAGAAAGAAAUGGUUGUGAAAGCAGACAUGUGUGUUUACACCCAAGCUAUUGUGUUUGUGACGAACAAGGGGAAUAUUUUCUAUACCAAGGCAGGUUUACAAGGAUAUGCAAAGCUUACAAGUUUGCCACUAAGUAUCUUCAGCAUGUACUUUGACCACCUAGGAAUUUUAAAUAGUAUCAGUCUGAAUAAUACAUUUGAAGAUAAGCUAGCAGUUUCUGAAAUGGAUGUGAAUACUUUAUUGAAGGAAGAUGACUUAGGUUUUAAUGGUGCUUUGUCUGCACAGUAUAUCACUGAAGAGCAAAUGAUCCUUUUAAACCAUCAGCCAUUGACCACAGGAGCAGCUGUGACAAAAUUCAGUAGUCUACAUGUAGGCAAAUCAUUAGUAUAUAGGCCAGGGGGAUCUGGUAUAAUCAGAAAGGUUUUUCAUUAUAAGAUUCCUCCAGAAUUUGUAUCGGGUAUUCGUAUAGAUAUUUUGGAUCGGUUUCCAGUUGAAACGAAAGCUAACAGCCCUUCUAUAUCAAAUUCUUUAACCAUUUUGCCUCCUGCUACUGGCACUACUAAAUAUAAGCUUCAACUUACAACUGCAGGUACAGAUGUAUUUGUGGCAUCUGAUGUUGAGAAAACAGUGGUGAUUCCAGGCUCUAGCAGUAUUUUUAUUACUCAGGUUGUGGAUGACCUUAAUGCUUUAGGAGAUCCCACUAUGCCUAAUCAAGUGCUUUUGAAUGAAUCUAUUCCAAGUGGGCAGUGGUUUUUGUAUGACUUUGGCACCAAGAAUGGAAGAAAAUGGAGAAUUAUUGUUGAUAUGUGUAGAUAUACAAUACAACAGUUUGAUGAGCUACCACUUAAUGCAAUUGCAUACUUGGAUCUUGGAUCACAAGUUCAAUUUACUUUCCAAGUAACUCCAGUGAAUACAGCCUAUCAAGUGUUUCAUUUGGCUCUAAUGAAGGUAAUAGUUGGAAGGCCUUCUCUACUGGAAGUGAAUGCAGAAGAUUACUGGGAUGACAAUUACAGUUAUAUCAUCAAUAUCAGUGUUCAAAGCAAAUUUUUUGAACAGGGCAAAAGCACCAUAGCUGUCAUUAUUACAUAUGGAUCCCUGCUUUGUGAUGUCACAACUAUUGUCUUAACACUGAAGAAUUCCUGCUCUUACCUUAAAACAAUGCACUACGUUCUACCUAUUCAAAUCUCUGAGACAGACUGGCUAUCUGAAGAGCCCAGUGUGGAGCACAAUGCCUCAUUUCUUUCCAGAGUUUUAAAGAACCUGCCGGUGAACUACAGGCCACCAUCUGAAUUGGGAAUUGCUGUUCCCCUUACAAAAAACUUUUAUAAUGCUGACCCCAGCAAACCUCGACAGAGAGAUUAUUUUGAAGGAUCAAAAGCUACUGGACGCUACAAGCAAUGUGCUAACAAGUCAACUCGAGCUGAAUGUGGAUGUACAACAAAUAUGAAGCUGUCCUUUGCUGUUGCCUUUUCAGACUGCAGGGAGAAAGUUCUGCGAAUGAAAUUUCCAGUAACAAAACUUCCUCUCUAUUUCACCAUUAAGGAAGAGGGUCGUUUUCAAAACCUUACAUCUCCUUAUUUUAUCACAAUAACAGAAGUCAACAACAGAACAAAAUGGAAAGUUUCAGGUAUCAAUUCAACAUCAAGCACAUUAAAAAUGAAAAAAUAUUUAGAGUCUCAACUUAAAACCCAACUAUAUAACCCAGAUGGCCUGACUAUAACUAUAACUGGAUCUGAGCUUUUCCAUUUCAGGGUAUCAACUAUUCCUGGAGUCUCCUUUUGUAACUUAUUUGAUGAAUUUCAGAUUUAUGUUGAUGAUUCUCCACUGGCUUUUCCAGGACAAUAUCUUAUCAGUACUUUUACAGCUGUAUUAAUAGGAGGUAUUAUCUUUGUGGCAUUUAUUCUGCAUGUGUAUGAAAUUCAGAUAGGAAACAUUUUGAAGGGAAAACUAAAAAGAAACAAAGUGGCUUCAAAAGUCUCACUUUCUACAGGUUCAGUAACUUCUUCUGAAACGAAUUGA